AUGUCUAUGGAUUCCGUCAUGAGCGACUUCUCCGGCAUGCACCUUGGACGUCCAGGUCUCGGAGACAAGAUGUUCGACAACGCCAUCGACCUUGGCCCACUCACCUCCACCACAGCUUCGCCUCCGGAGAGCGCCUCCCAACCUCAGUUCCAGCGACGUUCGUCAUUUGACUCGAUUAUGGAUGAUGGCCCGCAGUCGAUGGAGGACUCACUUUUCGAUAAGACCGGGUAUCGCCAAUCAUCGUCUGAGGACUCUGUCUUCGGCGAUGACUGCUCGCAUCCACCUGGAGGGCUACUUCCUCCUCAUCAGUUCCGCCCGCUGUCCGUCAUGAGCGACUCUAGCGUCCAUAGUCCACCGAAGGAAGACGACACGAUGAUCAGCAUGCUCGGUGGUGGCCAUGUCCGCCGCCGCUCCGUUGGCUCGAUCGUUGAAGCCUCGCCUUGUGUCCGCGUCGAGAAGAGAAAGUAUUCUGCGUUCCAGGAGCUCAACAUGUACAAGAAGCAGAACCAGUACGAAUCUCCGAGCAAGGCCCGGAUCGUCGAGAAGCCAUCCAUCGCCUCCACCACCUCCUUCCAUUUCGGCGGCGAACGUAUGAUCAAGGCUCAAUGCGGUCUUCUGGAGCGUCAGAGCUUGGAGGAUAGUUGCCUGAUCGCAGAUGGGGAGGAGCUCACUAGUGCUUUAUUCUCUCGCCCUGCACCCGCUGCCCGCUCUCGUUUGAGCACCUGCACCUCAAGCUCCGGCGGCGACACUCCACGUCUUUCGGCCUCGGAUGGAUCCUCGAUCUCAGGAGGAUCGCAAUCAAGCAUCGAUCUUUCUCAAGUCAAUAUAGCCCUCUCGAAUGCGACCCAUCCCAUGUCUAACAUCGCUCGCCAACGUGCCCGUGCCGGUGCUCGUGGUACAGGCCAUCGUCGCCGCUACUCGAAAGCCCACAUGUCGCGUUCCUCCGUCUAUGAGACCAUCGAGGAGGAAAUCUCCAACUCGCCUACCCCGAACAAGAGCAUCCUCUCGAAGAUGAGCGUCCGACGACUCGUCAACCCGUAUACGCUGUCGAUUCCGACACUGCAUCUCUCGGCUCGCCGGAGGAACCUACAUGGGAUGACGAACACGGCCUCGUCAUGCUCCGCAAGUUCUACGCCCUUCGCGAUGAAGCCCAUGUGA